GCCACUUUGGCUCCAGCGCAGCCCCUGCCGCUCCUCUGCCGGGGCGAGGCGUGCUCCCCCGGGGCGAUGCACGCCGUGGCCCCCCUCGACGACGCCACCGAGGCCUGCGAGAGCACCUCCCGGCGCGCGGCGGCACCCGCCGCCGCUGGGGACAGCGACGCCGACGAGGCGCUGGUGGCGCCGCUCGCGUGCACUGCGCCCGGGGCUCCGCCAGCGGCCCGCCGAAGGGGCUGGCGCGCGGGGCUGCUGGCCACGGGGCUCGCCGGCGCGGCGCUGCUGCUGCGGGCCCGCGGGGCGCUGCCGGGUGCCGGCGCGGCGCAUCGGAGAAGAAGCGGCCCCGCAGUGGUUUGCUCUUCCGCCCUCUACGUGAACCUGUCGGCCCUGGACCUCGGGGAGCCUGGCAAGCCCAGCGAGUACCUGCUGCUGAGGGGCCCAGUCGACAACCCGAACAGGGUCGCCGUCCAGGUGAAGCAGGGCGAGUGCGCCCUGGACAUUGUCCAGUCCGUGAACUACCUGGGUCGCGCUGGGCUGCAGAUCACGCAGGCGGUAAAAACGUGCAAGCCCAUCUAUAACUCCGUGGGGAGCGAGAACUACCCCGACAACGCGUACAUCAGGACAGCAUGCGCCGCGGACGCGUCUGGUAUCAUCUCCUCUUUCAGCUUCGUGGCGACCUUCCUUUCGCUGGCUGCGUCCCACUGCUCGCAGACCCUUAACCUCCCAGCCAUCUGCGCCUCGAGUGCCACGGGCCUCGUCGCCGCCCUCGCGAAGGUGUCGGUGGAGGCAGCCACGAUGGCCGCGAACUGCGAGGGCGGCACGGUUUACAAACCAGGGCCGUUGCCUGCGGCAGCGGGCAGCGAUGCCGUCUGGCAGAACGAUAGGCGACUUACCCAGACUGUGGAGCAGCAGAUGUCCCAGGCCUCGCAGACGUUGGAGGACACCUGGCAGGCCCUGACCGCGCUGAACGAGUCGCUCGGAGAGUCGCUGAACCUCACCGACCCCGCCUACGAGAAGCAGCUGCGGAUGGAGCGGGACGGCGAGCUGGCCACCUGUGUGAUCGACGCGACCCAGGCCUCCACAUACCUUGCGCAGAUGGGAGUCGCCAUACAGAAGGCCGCGAAGGGCUGCCCCCUGCAGGAAAGCCUGGAGAAGGUGCCUGGGGCAGAUGUGCUGAACACCAAUAUGUGCGCAGAGAGCGUGCUGGAAAUCAUCUCGAGCCUGUUCAACGCGGGUGCAUUUGUGGCCGGCGCGAUAUCACAUUGCGCCCUGGGCAUCAACACGCAGGCGCUGUGUGCACAGGGGGCUGUAGGCGUAGUUGCGGCCACAACCGAGCUCGUGAAGUUCUUGAUAUCCAUGGAGUCCGCCUGUACGGAGUUCCCUCCGAUCCUGGAUGCCCUCAAGAAAGGGAGCCGCGCCCGCUGAGCGAAGGGGCCCUGGCGCCGUGGCUGCUGCCCCUGCGCCUACGCACCAACGUCGCGCGCAGCUCGCCUGCGCAUGAUGGGGCGAUGGACGGUCGGGCUGACGAUACGGUGGGCGUUCGUUCAGGAAUGUGUCCAGGAGGCUUUAGACUCGAGACCCUGGAAGAUCCCUUAUCGGAUGACGGCGGCGGUGCUAUCUGUGGCCAAGCCUCGAUUGGAGUUCCACGGGCUUCCAGACCAUGUCUUCUUGGCCCCAUGGUUCCUUACCCGGUGCCCUCACCGUUGGGGGAUCGGGGUGCAGUCGGACCGAGGCAUAAGCUCGAGGGCGGUUGGGGGAGGGUAUCCCAAUGUUCUUCUUGUUUCUUGGACGGUCUUGUGCAUCCAGGGGGAGGGCACCCUCGAAUGAUUCUUCUAAGGUUCGGGGUGCUCUGGCCGGCGGAGGGUCUCCUCUUCUUGGAAGGACGCUCUUCUGUCCUACAGGUCUGACGGUGCUCCGGGUCGGAGACGAGUGAGCCACAAUUCACACGUCUGCGGACGGCAGGUGUCUCCCUCCGGCGCCGAGGACCACCUUUCCGCACCUCUGGGCGGCAGCCUCGUCGCCGCCCUCGUCACCUCCUCCAGUGCCCUCGCCGUGCCCGCUUCGAUGGCCUUCCAAGUCGCCAGAGGUCUGGGAAGAGGGAGGGGCCCUCGUUCGCCUUCUGCUGCCCUCGGGCGGGCCACCCCUCUGUACCUCCUGGCGUCUCCUUCGUCGCCGACCCCGGGGAGGGCUUCGCGCGCCCAGGGGAGGAGGUCUGUCGGGACGCGUCUGGCGCCUCCGACUCUACUUGUACCCGUGCUCUCGCGCCCUCCUAGGAAUCAAGAGAUGUGCGCGCGCCUCUCAGGGCGAGAAUUCGAUGCCGACGCGCGCGGCCCGUGCAUAGCACGAGGCGUCGCCGUCCUCGCGCUUCGUGCCGGCCCCAAUGCUCACGUGGUGUUUUUCUUGUGUCGCCGGCGCGGACUGCAAGAUCUGUUAACGACUCUCGGCCUGCUCCUGCGGCCGGACGCGCAGGCACGACACUGUGCCAGUGCGACGAGCGCGCCAAUUCAAUGUCACGCGCCCUCCUCUUACAGUCGGAGCGCUGAACAAGGAGCCCGUUUCGUUGGGGAGGGGCUCCGUGUUCCCUAAUUGAGUCGCAGUUUGCCUUCGCUUGUCUUCAGGUUUUCGUUGGGGAAUCGAGGCUAACUUGUGGAACAAAAAGGGGUCUCGUUCCUGAUCUAGGGUUCCUGAGGUCGACGCCCCGACGGUACCUUCUCGUGAUGGUGGUUUCGCUGUUCCGGGGCAGAGGCCGUGGGGCGCCGCUCCGAUCGGGGCGUGCUGCCGAUAUCCGAUGGCAGUGCGUCGUUUGAUGGUUUUUUCCGCGAGCUCCUCACCGGGCUGGGUAAGCCCACGGCGAGCAUCUCAACCGCCCGGGAUUGCCAAGGAGGUUGACCUCUGGAGCUUCAGAAUCUGAAAAUGGGCCAUGGGUCCAAUCAAUGACGUCAGCCGACAGGGUGGAGAACAUGAAGGCUCGCUCCAGAAAGGG